AUGGGCACCCCAAACAGGAAGAAUAUACAGGGCGACAUCUGGCCCGGAUUACCCAAACGAUGUGAAACCCUCCUGUUUUUCAGCAUCGCAGAUGGCAACAAACAGCGCCAGAAAUUUAAAGAGCAUCUCCAGGGUCUUAUCCCGCACAUCACAACGGCACAUGAUGUGCUGAAGACUAAGACGCGUAUUCUGGAGGAAAAGGCGACUGCAGCUUCUGUCAACGAAGUCCCGAGACUAGUGCCCUUCUGUGGAGUCAACAUUGCCUUUUCUGCUACUGGUUUGGCAGCGUUGGGGAAACAUGUUUUUGACAUAUACUCAGCGAAAAAGGAUCCGGCGAGAUGGCGCGAGGUCAAAAAGUAUCAGAUUCGGGGAGAUCUGUUCGACAAGGGCAUGUUUGAGGACUUGACACGGGAGGGUUGGGAUAAUCCGGAGGAGCUACGACCGGAGUAUAAGCCCGAUCCUGUGACGGGUCAUCGGCAGAUUGACGGGGUUGUCCUGAUUGCUGCUUGUAGUGAAGGGAAGCUGGAAAGGGCUGUUGGCUUCGUCAAGGAGAAGUUGCAUAUGCUAGACGUGGAGGAGGAAGUGGACGAGAAUACUGUUUGCAGACAGGUUUCAAUGAGAAAGGGAAAUUGCCGACCCGGUCCGUUGAAGGGAAAGGAGCAUUUUGGUUACCGACAUGGACUCUCCCAGCCGCAAAUGCGUGGCUUGGAUCCUGAGCCUUUGGGGUCAAAAGAGCCGAAAGCCAUCCCUCCAGGUCUCAUUUUUCUCAAACGAGACGGAGACCCCUUGAAUCAGCCUGCAUGGGCUAAGGACGGCAGCUUCCUGGUCUUCAGAGACUUGCAACAAUUUGUUCCAGAAUUUGAAAGAUUUCUAGAAGAAAACGCAGAUCAAGUCGAGAGCACUGGCCCACACCCUCCGUCUGAAAAGUUGGCUGCGCUCCUUAUGGGGAGAUGGAGAAAUGGGACACCACUUGAUCUCAAUCCCUACCAUGACAAUGAUACCUCGCUGCACACCGCGAAUGACUUCGACUUCAACCCAAUCGAAUCACAAGAGAGAUGCCCAUUCGCAGCGCAUAUUCGCAAGACGCGACCAAGAGCCGAGCUCGCAGAUGACACUUCAGUCAUCAUCCGUCGAGGUAUUCCCUAUGGGCCGGAAGUCUCAGACACGGAGAGGAAAAGCCGGCGGUCAGAAAAGGACCGUGGCCUGCUAUUCCUAUGUUAUCAAAGUGAUAUUCGCAACGGAUUCAACUUCAUAACCACCCGAUGGGCGAGCAACCACCACUUUCCGAACCAUAAGCAGGAGGCUGUAGGUCCAGAGGGCCCCGGUGUCGAUGCCUUUGCCGCUCAACGGCUCUCCCACCACCCUCCUCGGUCCAUUUCCUUACCCGACAGCAAACACCCUAGUGCGGUUCGGCUUGACCUUGACUCCUGGGUAGUUCAUAGAGGCGGAGAGUAUUUCUUUACACCCUCAGUUGAGGGACUUUGGGAACUUUGCUCGUUAUCUCAUCAGCACUUGAAUGCUCGACGCUCGGGGGAACUACGCCUAUAG